ACAACAUACCGUGGGGACUGUGGGGAUCACAUGAGCCACUUACUAAACUCCUGUCACUAGAUGGCAGGAAGUCUGUGGUGUGAACAGCAGCACUCUGCCGUUUGUUUACACUUCUUGCAAUGGCGACCAUCACUGAACUGAAGUGCGCCGUGAGGGAAACGCUGGAGUCCCGUGGUGUGCUGGGCCAGCUGAAGGCUCGUAUCCGGGCAGAGGUGUUCAGUGCCCUGGACGAUCAGCGAGAACCUCGCCCCCCCCUGACCCACGAAAACCUGCUCAUCAACGAGCUCAUCCGGGAGUACCUGGAGUUCAACAAGUACAGAUACACAGCGUCAGUGCUGACAGCAGAGUCGGGCCAGCCUGAAGAUCCCCUGGACAGACAGUUCUUGGCGAAUGAGCUAAAAGUCGCAGAGGAUACAAGCUCCAAGUCUGUACCUCUUCUUUAUGGCUUAGUGUCCCACUUCCUGAACAGUAGUGAUAAUGGAGGGAAGGUGUUUCUGCGGGGUGUCUCCCUGCCAACUGCUCCCACCGCCAGCAACACAGUACCUGGACCUGAUGUCUAAAAACUGACAAUGCGCUGAGUAGUAGCGCCGCAUGGACUAAAAAGAUACAAAGACACUCCAACACAUGAUGCAGCAUCCCAGUGAACUUAGUGACAUAAUCUUCUUGUCCAUACAUUUCACUUUGUUUUCACCUGAGAGUAUUUGUAUCUGAGUAUAGAAAUUCUGCUAAGAUGAAGAUGAAUGCUUAAAAGCAUUUGUAAUGCCUUUUUUAAGUCGCCAAAUGACCCCAGAUGGCCUUGUCAUAUUCUGAUUUUAAUAUCUGGCUUUACCAUUCCUUAGUGUCUUCUCUAUUUUAAUUUGCAAAUGUUUGCUACUUUUAUAUUGUCCUUUAACCGGUAAAAAUAAAUGUUUUAUAUUUAUACACUA